UUAUACUUGACAGCUUAGUGUUGACGUUUAGGUAUUGUUAGUAAACGGUAGAGUUCAAAAUAGAUUUUCGCUAAUUUUUGAAUUACAAAAAUGAAAGUAGAUGUGCAACAAAAUGUCGAUAAGCCAAAAAUACCACUACCAACACUCUCUCAGAUAAAUGCUGAUCGAAUAACACUCCUUGCGAAUCAGUAUUGGUCACCACAAACUAAGGAGAACCACUUACCUUUCGAUGCAGCAAUUGUGGAAUCAAUUUAUCAAGCAGAGAUCCUUGGAUCCAACUUUGCAGUCCGUCGUAUCAUGAUGCUGGAGUUCUCCCAAUACCUAGAGAACUACUUGUGGCCACAUUAUGAGACAGGCAAAGCGUCGCACGCGCACAUGAUGUCCAUUAUUGUCAUGAUCAACGAGAAGUUCAGAGAAAGAGUGCCUGCUUGGCAGCCAUUUCUCAAAAAACCAGAACACUUCCCUGCCUUCUUCGAACAAGUUCUAAGAGCGAGCAUAAUGGAAGAAGCGAAGAAUAUGCGCGAACAAACUGCACUGCUUCUCUUCCUGAACCACUGCUUCGGUAGUAUGGAGGUGCAGCUAUGCAGAGACCAGGUCAAGAGGCUUGUCUCCCUGAGUAUGUGGAUCAGUUUGCAGGAAGGAAGAAGAAAUCAAGAGUUCAAAGCCGUGCCGAAAUGGCGUAAAUACUGGCGCGCCAUACAAAAGAAAGACAAGCCUGAGCUUAUGGAUAAGUUGAUGUGGGAGCGACGCUACUUACAGAGGCUAAUGAUCAAGUUUAUGCGCAUUCUGGAGAGCAUUCCUGAAACGGAGGAUGUUGAUCCUCAUGCGGUUAGGUACUGUGAGCGGUUCCUGGAGUUGAUGAUAGACCUGGAAGCGCUGCUGCCCACGCGUCGCUUCUUCAACACUGUGAUGGAUGACUGUCAUCUCGUGGUGCGAUGCCAGUUGGCGCCACUGGCAAGACGGUCGGAAGGACAGCUGUUCAUACAGCUCCUGCAGAUGCUCAAAUUCUACGCUCGGUUUGAAAUCAGCGAUGAGACUGGUGAUCCCAUGACUGACCGUGACAUGACUCUGCUGCAUUAUUCGAGGAUUACUUCUCUACAGAAAGCUGCUUUCUCGAAGUUUCCAGAUCUAAGAUUGUUUGCCCUUGCAAAUGUCGCUAGUGUCGACACAAGAGAAUCUCUGCAGAAACACUUCGGAAAUCUUAGUGAUAAGGCUCUACGAGCUAUUGCUACGUACUUGAAUCUCGUGCCGCCUGAAGACAAACAAGACGAAGCGCCAUGGCACCGGCUGGAUAAAGAUUUCCUAAAAGAAUUGUUGAUAUCUCGGCACGAACGGCGCAUAUCACAAUUAGAAGAACUAAACUCGAUGCCUUUGUACCCGACCGAAGAGAUUAUCUGGGAUGAGAACGUUGUGCCUACUGAAAUAUACAGCGGGGAGAACUGCCUCGCGCUGCCGAAGCUAAACCUCCAGUUUCUGACCUUACACGAUUAUCUGCUGAGGAACUUCAAUCUCUUCCGUUUGGAGAGCACGUAUGAAAUCCGGCAAGAUAUUGAAGAUGCAGUUUAUCGUUUAGCGCCAUGGCGAGCUGAAGAUAAUAGUGUAUUCUUCGGAGGUUGGGCUCGAAUGGCGCAUCCAAUCCAAAGUUUCGCAGUUGUCGAAGUGGCGAAGCCAAAUAUAGGAGAAAAGGCACCUUCGAGAGUACGGGCUGAUGUCACCGUCACGCUCAGCGUUAGACACGAAAUCAAGCACGAGUGGGAGAGUUUGAGGAAACACGAUGUCUGCUUUCUCAUCACCGUUCGACCCACGCAAGGAAUUGGGACAAAAUAUGAUUACAAGAAGAGCAUGGUGGAACAAGCUGGUAUAGUUUACGUAAGGGGCUGCGAGGUCGAGGGUAUGUUGGACGCAUCCGGCAGGGUCAUUGAAGAGGGCCCUGAGCCAAGACCUGAACUGGAAGGUGACUCGAGAACUUUCAGACUGCUUCUGGACCCCAACCAGUAUCGGUUGGAUUUGGACCAAGCAAGUAAAGGAAAAGAGGACGUUUACGAGACCUUCAACAUUGUGAUGCGUCGCAAACCCAAAGAGAACAACUUCAAGGCGGUGCUGGAAACAAUACGCGAGCUUAUGAAUACUGAAUGCGUGGUACCAGAGUGGCUGCACGACAUUGUGCUGGGGUAUGGAGACCCUGGCCAAGCGCACUAUACCAGAAUGCCCAAUGAGAUCCCGACUCUGGACUUCAACGAUACUUUCCUGGACAUGGAGCACUUACGCAACAGCUUCCCAGGAUACGAGAUAAAAGUACAAACUGACGACCCGAGGAAACUAGUGCGUCCAUUCAAACUAACAUUUGAGAACGUGAUGCGUAAACAAGAACUGGGCGAGAAUGCAAUGGACGAAGACGACGCUCGCAAGGUGAUCGUAGUCGAACCUCACGUCCAGCCGAAGCGGGGACCCUAUCUCUACAACGAACCCAAGAAGAACAACAUCUUAUUCACACCUACUCAAGUGGAAGCAAUUCGGUCGGGGAUGCAGCCUGGACUCACCCUAGUGGUUGGACCACCCGGAACUGGCAAAACUGACGUAGCGGUACAGAUAAUCUCCAAUCUGUAUCACAACUUCCCCUGGCAAAGAACACUGGUGGUCACCCACAGUAACCAGGCCCUCAACCAGUUGUUCGAGAAGGUGGCUGAACUCGACGUGGAUGAGAGACAUCUGCUGCGUCUGGGGCACGGGGAAGAGGCGCUACAGACGGAUAAAGAUUUUUCGAGAUACGGCCGUGUGAACUACGUGUUAGCGAAACGUCUGGAGCUGCUGGAGCAAGUGUCGAGGCUGCAGAGCACGCUGGGCGCGGGCGGCGACGCGGGCGCCACGUGCGAGCUGGCGCACCACUUCCACGUGUACCACGUGCGCCCGCGCUGGCAGACCUUCCUGCACACGUGCAGCAAGGAUCAGGCAAAAUCGAUAGAGACGAUCAGCAAAGAGUUUCCAUUCCACGAGUUCUUCGACGAUGCUCCCAAACCACUGUUCCCCGGGAAAUCCUACCAGCAAGACAUGGAUAUUGCUGAGAGCUGCUACCGUUACAUAGACCACAUAUUCGAGGAGUUGGAAGAGUUCCGCGCGUUCGAGCUGCUGAGGUCAGGCCUGGACCGCUCCAAGUACCUGCUGGUUAAGGAGGCCAAGAUUAUUGCGAUGACGUGCACACAUGCCGCCCUGAAACGCUCUGAACUAGUUCAAAUGGGUUUCAAAUACGACAACAUAUUGAUGGAAGAGUCCGCACAAAUUCUCGAAAUCGAAACUUUCAUUCCGCUUCUCCUGCAAAAUCCCCAAGAUGGACGCUCGCGUCUCAAACGCUGGAUCAUGAUCGGGGACCAUCACCAGCUGCCGCCGGUGGUCAAGAACAUGGCCUUCCAGAAGUAUUGCAACAUGGAACAGAGCUUGUUCACGCGAAUGGUCAGACUUGGAGUACCCUAUGUAGAAUUGGACGCGCAAGGAAGAGCGCGGUCAAGUAUAUGCAACCUGUAUCGCUGGCGGUACCGCAACCUAGGCGACUUGGCGCACGUGUGUCGCCUGCCCGAGUACCGCGCAGCCAACGCUGGUCUUCGCCACGACUUUCAACUUAUCAACGUGGAUGAUUUCAACGGCGCGGGCGAGACUGAACCCAGCCCUUACUUCUAUCAGAACUUGGCGGAGGCCGAGUAUGUGGUAGCGGUGUUCAUGUUCAUGCGACUGGUGGGCUGGCCGGCGCACCGCAUCUCCAUCCUCACCACCUACAACGGCCAGAAGCACCUCAUCCGCGACGUCAUCACCAAGCGCUGCGCCGACAACCCGCUCAUCGGCAGGCCACACAAGGUGACAACGGUGGACAAGUACCAAGGGCAGCAGAACGACAUCGCGCUUAUAUCGCUGGUGCGGACCAAGGCCGUGGGCCACGUGCGCGACCUGCGCCGCCUCAUCGUGGCCGCGUCGCGCGCGCGCCUCGGCCUCUACGUCUUCGCGAGAGCCAAUCUCUUCAGGAACUGCUUCGAGCUGCAACCUACGUUUAAUCAGCUCGUGGAACGUUCCCUGGAGCUGGAGAUCAUCCCGGGGGAGCGCUACCCGGCGCAGCGCAGCGCCACCGCGGCCGUGCCGGACGCGCUGGUGCUGAGCGUGCGCGACAUGCCGCACAUGGCGCGCUUCGUGUACGACAUGUACCUGGACAUCGUGCGACAAUCCGACUCGCAGAAAUCACAAAAGUCGUGGAGCGCGCCGGGCUCGGGCGCGCCGGCCUCGCGCCCCGAGCACUUCGUGCCCGCGCACCCCGGCGCCGCGCCCGACAGCGACGACGAGGAACCUGACGCCGCGCCCUCCUUCACGCCCACCGACAUCGUCAACGAAGUGGACGAAGCCAACGCCUGAACACGAAAACCUAACAUAUUUUUGAAGUCCGAAAUACAUACCACCUCUGUAACUUAAGCAUAAGUAAAAUAAAAAAUUAAUAAAAUUAAUAAAC